UUGGUUUAAACCGGGCGUAGCAGUUUGCGGCUGGGCGAUGAAACAAAAGAAACAAUAAAGAUAGCAAGCCUCCCGGAACACAUUGAUUCCCAUAUUUCAACCGGCGCGGGCGCUUUUAUUUUUUUAUUAUUGUAAAAAAUUCUGUAUAUAAACAUAUUAUUUUUAACAUUUAUUUUAAUAUAUUUUUUUACAUUUUUAAACUAAAACCAUGCCCAGUAGCACAUCAUUGCUGGUUGCCGAGGAGACAGAGCCUGAGCUCCCGCCGCUGGUGGUAGAAAGGCUUGCCGACUUAGGCCUCGAUGACCACGGCCCGAAGAAUCACCAGGAGCCGCGGGACGCGUUACUCGCUUCGGCGCACCGGCAACAUUCAUCCCGGUUUGGGGUGCUUGAAUCAAUGCUGGAUCGAUCACCAAUGAUCCGACAUCAACAGGAAGAGCUGCAGCAGCAGCACGAAGACGAAGAAGACGGUGACGAAAGAGAAGGAGACGCACUGGAAGACGACGACACGCACCUCGCCACGCAGGCCAGGAUCCACGAUUUAGGCUCGAUGAUGUUUUCGGAACUGGAGGCCUCGGAGCCCGUAAUGUUGUAUAAUGGAGGUGUGGAUGAUCAUCCGCAGCAAGUUGCCAGCAUGAUUAUGGCGUUGAACCCCGGUUACACAGAGUCCGUCUUUGAGGGCGAUCCGCCGUCUUUGCAACGGAGGAAGAGCGUUAACACCACAGAGUGUGUAGGAGUUCCCAGCUCCGAACACGUCGCGGAGAUCGUGGGCAGACAAGGUUGUAAAAUUAAGGCUUUGCGGGCCAAGACAAACACUUACAUCAAGACUCCUGUGCGUGGUGAUGAACCAGUCUUUGUGGUCACUGGUCGAAAGGAAGAUGUGGCAAUGGCAAAGCGGGAAAUACUAUCUGCAGCAGAGCACUUCUCCAUGAUCCGGGCCUCUCGCAAUAAAAAUGGCCCCAUGACUGGAGGGCUCCCUGGGGCCCCCAACCUCCCAGGCCAGACCACCAUCCAGGUACGAGUGCCCUACAGGGUUGUAGGGUUAGUGGUUGGCCCGAAAGGCGCCACCAUAAAGCGAAUACAGCAGCAGACACACACGUAUAUCGUAACACCAAGCCGUGACAAAGAGCCAGUGUUUGAAGUGACAGGCAUGCCCGAAAAUGUGGACAGAGCACGAGAAGAGAUUGAGGCUCACAUUGCUGUGAGGACAGGCAACUAUGUGGAGAUGUCUGGAGAAGAGAAUGACUUUCAUUAUAAUGGCACAGAUGUUAGCUUUGAAGGGGGACCUGCAGGAAGUGCUUGGCUAAACUUCAGCCGGGCCCCACCUGGUUGUAGCUCCCGUAGCACCCGAAUGAUUUCCAACUACCGGAAUGAUAGUUCCAGCUCUUUGGGAAGUGGUUCUACAGAUUCCUUUUUUGGUGGCAACCGUAUGGCUGACUUCAGCCCCACAAGUCCCUUUAACACCGGUAAUAAUUUCUGGUUUGGAGAUUCUCUUGUUCCCUUAACCUCCGAUGAUUUGGGAGGGAUGGAAUCACCUGGUUUCGAUUCCCUGUCUGCUCCUCUUCCAUCUCAUCAGCAGCAAGCCAUUUGGAGCACCUUUGAUCAAAACAGCACCUUUUCUGGAUUUGAGGGAAAGAGCCAUAGUCGAGACAGCCAACCCUCUACGCCCCGCUUGUCUCCCACCUUCCCUGACGCCCUGGAGCAUCCUCUGGCUCGCCGAGUGCGAAGCGAUCCCCUCAGCAUGGGUAGUCAGGGACCAGACCUUCAGAUGUACGUCCCAGCCUUUUCGUCCUCCAGUGACAGUACCACCUCAAGCUCCCCUCCAGACUCCGCCAGCUCUGCAGGUCUCUGCCGAAGUAAACGGGACUGUAUAAAAUGUUUUGAGAGUGAGAUUAUUGCCGCCUUGGUGCCCUGUGGCCAUAAUCUCUUUUGCAUGGAAUGUGCAAACCGAAUCUGCGAAAAAAAUGAGCCACUGUGCCCUGUGUGUCAGACCCCCGUUACACAGGCAAUACGGAUCUACAACAUGUGAAAUCGCAACGUUUGCAUGGUCUCUAGAAUUUGGAGGGUGGGCUAAGAAAUAUAAUGUGAGAAGGCCGGUAGAGCUCCUUGGUACCUAUUUAGGGUUUUUUUUUGUUUUUUUUUGUUAUUAUUUUAUAGAUAGUCGGACUAAAAUUCAAGGAUAAGGAUUGGGCUUAAGUUGUUGGUCUUGUCAUUUUUAAAAAUAUAUAGAUAUAUAUUUUUUUUUUUCCAAAUGGCUGCUAAAGUAAGACACAAACAACAAAAAAAAAAAACAAGUUCCAAAUAAGUCGGGUUUUCUGCUGAUUUCAGACAAACGUUUGUUUUAAAUUCAGAAUGUGUUGCUGGCCUGGCUGGCAUCUCUCUCUGUGCCCGACUUACCGCAGCAGCACAUCUCUGGUGUCUGAAGUCCUCACUACUUUGAACCUGCAUCUGCAUUCUUUUUGUUCUUUCAUCCAUCAUAGAAACUGAUACUUUAAAUGAAAGUGUUUUUUAAAACCUCCGUUAUUUGUCGGAUUUAAUAUUUACCAAACUAUAGUAAUAUAUUUGUUUAAUUUUCGGAGCAUUUGCACACUUUUUUUGUAUAAACUAUGACCUACAUACCAAUAUUGAAUAUUUUGUCUUAAGAAGCCAUACCAUAACUGCCUCUCGGAUUGCUGCCAUGACACAUAGCAUAGCAGUUUACAACAACUUGUGCCUAAAUCCACAUUAACACUAUUAUUAUUAUUAUUUUUGUUUUUUUUUCCUUUGAAAACAUUUUGUGAAUAAGGGGGUGGGGUUAACAAAAUAAUCACUCUAUUAAGGCGGGGGGGGGGUCGUUAUCUUCUAGAACCUUUAGACACAAGUGGGGGACUCUGUGCUCAGCUUUUGUUUGACAGCCACACACAAGUCUCCUGACUACUUUCUGCCACCAGCAGGUGGACUUUACUGCACGAAGAAUCGGGGCUGUAGAGAUUUGAUUUGAUGAUGAGGUCCGUCAAGGGGAAAUCGAAACAUUCCAUUAAUUUGUCCUACCCAGUUGAAGCCCAAGGUUUGUCUCCUCACAGAGCAGAAAACCAGAAGGGUACAGUUCCCCUUGGUCAUAGUUGUACCUUUUUAGAUGACAAGACAACCAUCUUUAGUCUUGUCUUCCUACCUUCUGUUUGUGUUGUAUGUAUUUUCUGUGUGUGUGUGCUUGUUUAAGGUGGCCAGUCCUGUCCACUUUGGUUUUUGUUUUUUUUUUUUAAUAUACUAUGGUAGCAGUAGCAGGAUGUACUUUUCCUGUUACAUUUUUUUUUUUGAUUUAUUUAGGAUCGUGAAAUCCACCGCUUUCCAGAAAGAGCCUGAUGUGUAGGAAACGGGAAGUUUACGAGCACCUUUUCAAAACUGGCUACGUUUCAGAACGUCUCCACUGAAGGAUGUUGCAGGCCCAGAUCUCGAGUCACUCUCGAGUGAAGCUGCAGUGAUUGAGUUGGGGGCUUCUGAGACGUGAAGAAAAAAAAUCGGUCAAAACUCCCUGUCCAAAGAAAAUGCAUUCAGGCAAGCCCCCCCACCCCCCCCCCCCCCCCCCACCCCCAGGGUCCGCUGCUAGCGUUGUUUACAGUACUCUUCUCGACAAGGUACACUUCAUGAUCACCUCUUACAAAUCCGAACUAGUUGGGGACCCAGUGUCGUCUUGCCCUGAAAUGUUGAAUCGCGCGUUGGCGGGGAGGGCAAGGAAACACGCCACCUAACACUGGUUUGCAUUGAACUGAUCAAAGUUAACAUUAAUAUUUUUGUGUGUAUUAAACUGAUAAAAUAUAUAGAAAAAGUUUAUUUUUAUUUCCACUUGAAGUUACAUUUCGUAUAAAUAUAUAAAGUUUACAAAUAACAGUUUUUAUUUUUAUUUCCAGUAUGAGACUUGCCUUGAUGGCGUAUUAUGAUGUAAUGCAUAACUUUAAUGCUAACUGCUUGUAGUUUAGUAUGUCAGUAUUGAAAUCCUAGCUGCCGUCUCGUAGAUACGAACGAAUGUUCACAAAGCAUGUAUUUUAUAUCGUAUUGCAUUGUACACAGCAACUAAUAAGCCAAGGAAUUUAACACAUUGGGUGCGUGUACUAUCUGUGUAAACCAGAAACUUAAGAAUGGAAAAACUGUACCAAUAGUUUAGUAUUUGCUAAUUUUACUACACUUUUGUUAUGUAUAUGUAGGGAAAUCAUAGGGAUUAUAAAUUCAAUAUAUUGAGUAUAAAGUUAAAAACCUAUAUUUUAUGAUAAAGGGCCUUUAACUUAUGUGGCCAAAGCACUGAUAUUAUAUAUUUGCUGUAAAGAGAAUUAUAAGAGUUUUAUUUUUCUGAUAUUAAAAGUUACUUAAUAAAGACGGUUUCCUUUAAAACAA